AAUAUCACACUUUUUACACCAACCUUGUACAAACAUAAAUCUCUUGAUACUAAAUUGUCUUGGAUCUCCUUUGAACGUUUCCAUGGAUUUAUAGUGACCAAUGUUUUAGCAAGUUUAAAGAAUUAAGAUCGUUUGAAGUAUAUCUUUUAUUCAGUUACCUUUAACGUGGAGAAUUUUCGAAAUGAUUCGGGAAUCAAACCAUUUGCUCGAUUUGAUUGAUAUAACGAAACGACUGAAGCUGGAACCACUUCCGGAUUUAAGCCGGAAGUCAUCGGGAAGGCAGUACAUGGCAACAAGACGAGGGUAUCGUAAGAUAUCCAGCGGGACCAUGCUGUGUGACUUAACAGAGUGCAGGGCACAAGAAGGCAGUUCUGAAAAAGACCACGUAUUUAAGGAAAUGAGUAUGUCCGACAAACUGAAAUAUGUACAUGACUCUAGGAAAGAAAUUGCUGUAAAGGACCAAGAACUUUCUAAACAGUUACUUCACAUUUAUGUGCAAAUCCGCCAAAUGAAAGUUCAGCAGUCGUGCAUGUAUCAUCAAGAUCUUCUAGAUGAUGUUUUUAGAGACAUAAGCGACGAGAAGGAAUUGCCGGAUGUGUGUGAUUUGCCAGUGCGUAAGCGGAACAAGGCCUUACAACAAUUGGGUGUGACGCGAAUGAAUAUCCACUCAAAGCGGUUUUCCUGCUCUUGACAUACUUUAACUUCACACAAAAGAAAAAGAAAUAUUACAGAUGACGGCUACGAUUUUAUACAAUAUACACACGAUUGUAUACAGUAUAAACAAACUGCACUCACUCGAAAUCUAGGACGCGAUCAGUUUCUGUUGUGUAUCGUAUAAGGGGAGAUAAUGCGUAUUGGAAAGACAGCUCUAGAGGCACAUCAUUUCUUGUUUACAAUGUAAGUUUCCCUUACGAUUUUUGAAAACAAAUCCUCGUACUUUCACGCAUACUUCCAACAGGAUGGAUUUGUAAAUAUUUUUUCGCAAAUCAAUAUUUUUAUACUUCUGAGUUCUAUAACAUCCUAUUUUGUUGUUUUUUAGAAGAUAUUUUAACCAAUUUGCAUUACACAUUUGAUGUGUUAGUCAGUAAACACAGUUUAUCUGUCACAGGAAUUAACACAUGGAUUCAGUUUUGAUAUCUUAUUAACCAAAAGAAAAUGCGGACUUUUUGAAUUUACAAUAUUUUUUUCUAUGGAUUAUGUAAACUGAUGCUAUUUUGAGAAGAAAUAUAAAAGAAAAAAAAUCACGUGAUAUGGCAAGUAAUCUAAAACUUAUCACAUCCGUUAAGGGAACCUAACUUAUGCUGUCCAUUUCUACAU